AUGAUGUCUCAUAGGCCAGGCUCCUCGGUGCGUCCGGAGGCUACGCUCUGGGCAGGUCCAGGCCAAGCUUCAAAUUCUACCUCAGAAGUCGAUGAGAGUGUCGCCUAUCGCUUUGUUCUUGAUCGCAAAGUUCAAACAAUAUCGAGCAAUGGCCUCCCCGGGACUGGAUUGGUUUCAGGCCUCUUAUUCGUGCCGAGUCUAGAAUCACAAGAUCCAUGCUAUGAUAUUACCGCUUCAUCCGUGCCAGAAAAUGUGACCCGCUAUGAAGAUGUGAAGGAUUACGGGUACUCCCUCGUUGGCCUCGCCCCGUGGGUGUCACCUGAAUGCUCUUUAUCAUUCUUGGAUGCCGCCAAUGAAGUCGGCACGCACGCCAUGAUAUUUUUCCAGCCGUCCAGCACCGAUCCCGACCUACCACCUGAUUCGAACAGCCCAACUUGGACAAUCGAUGCUAAACCAGAAUGGAGGAUGGAACACCAGUACCCUGUGUAUGCCAUCCCAGGCCCAGCGGGAAUCACAUUGAUAAACGAUCUCUCGUGGUAUUCGGGCAAUCCGCCGGCCACCAAGAGAGACAACCCGGAUACGCAAUCUGUGACACAGACGGAGAAUAAUAGGCUAUUUGCCAGAAUCGAAAAUGAGCAGAGAACCGACCAGAUGCCGAGUAUUUGGAGUUUUGUACUUGCAAUCGCGGGAACAGUCCUCAUUCUCAGUCUUAUCCUUGUCACUAUCUAUCGAAUCAUCCUACACAGAAGACGAGUCGGGUUCCAGAGACGCCUCGAAGAAGGUCAAAUGAGCGGUAUCGACUUCGAUGCUCUGGCAUUGAAUCAAAUGAAGGCUCCUCGAGAGCUGGUCGACAAGAUGCCCCUUUAUACAUAUCUGGAGGUGGACCCAUCAAGAGCUACAUCGUUUACACAAGAAAGAGUGUCGGCAGAUUCAAGGGAAUAUACUACUGCUGAAACCACCAAUCCGCCAUCGCCCACAGAAGACGGUCAUUCGGACCACAAUACUGGCCUCAGAAAGCCCGCAGCAGCUGUGAUAAAUCCCACACCAAAUGAGACCCGUGAAAGCAGGUACCGUCUGAGCCAUACUCAAACGACAUGUGCUAUCUGUCUCGAUGAUUUUGCUGCUGGGUCAUCUGUUGUCCGCGAAUUGCCAUGUGGACAUAUAUUUGACGCAGAGUGCAUUGAUCCGUUCUUGACACAAAAUAGCUGCAGAAAUACCGCUAAAGGCCACACAUCCCGUGAUUGGCCAGAGUGGGUCAACUCGCUAAUCGCUAGCGUCCCACACACAACCUCUGCCUCUAAGACGUUUUCUUCCUCGAACUUUCGCGACAACGACAACCGACGACCUCUUGAAGCCGACAAGAUGGGUGCCCUCAAGUACGUGGAAGAAAUCCAAAAGAAGAAGCAAUCCGAUGUGAUUCGCUUCCUGCUGCGCGUCCGAUGCUGGGAGCUCCGCCAGCUGAACGCCAUCCACCGUGCCUCGCGCCCUUCGCGCCCCGAUAAGGCCCGUCGUCUCGGUUACAAGGCCAAGCAGGGUUACGUUAUCUACCGUGCCCGUGUCCGCCGUGGUGGCCGCAAGCGCCCUGUCCCCAAGGGUGCUACUUACGGCAAGCCCACCAACCACGGUGUCAACCAGCUCAAGUACCAGCGUGCUCUUAAGUCCACCGCUGAGGAGCGUGUUGGCCGUCGCGCUGCUAACUUGCGCGUCCUGAACUCCUACUGGAUCAACCAGGACUCCACCUACAAGUACUACGAGGUCAUCCUCGUCGACCCCCAGCACAAGGCCAUCCGCCGUGAUGCCCGCAUCAACUGGAUCUGCGCCCCCGUUCACAAGCACCGCGAGUCCCGUGGUCUUACCGCCACCGGCAAGAAGUCCCGUGGUAUCAACAAGGGUCACCGCUACAACAACACCAAGGCUGGUCGCCGCCACACCUGGAAGCGCCAGAACACCCAGAGCUACUGGCGUUACCGUUAA